AUGGACAUAAGUCUAAUUGGCUUCGUGUACAACGCGCAGCAUCCCACCGCUUUGCAGAUGACCGAAGCCGUCAUGCGCUCGCUCAACCUCGGCGAUGAAUGCUGGAUGAGCCCUGCGGCAAAUCUCGACGCAAUGCGUUCAGAGUUGCUCGACACUCGCCUCAUAGUCAUGGCAGGCGGAGACGGCACAAUCCUCCGUGUCGUCCGCACUAUCGCCGAAUACGGCAUACCUCUCGUGGGCAUCAACAUGGGCAGGAUCGGCUUCAUGGCAGAAUUGCAGGUUCACGAAGCCAUAGAGGAACUUCCAGCCUACCUCAACGGCAGCGCCCGCCUUGAAGAGCGCAUGAUGCUCGAAGUCAACGUACGGCACGGCGACGAGCAGGAGCCCUACUUGAAUCUUCACGCCCUCAACGACGUCGUAGUCGGCAGGGGCGGCUCCGCCAGACUGCUCGACAUCGUUGCCACCAUCGACGGCGUCAUCCUCACAAGCUAUCGCGCAGACGCCGUAAUCGUCUCCACCGCCACCGGCAGCACCGGCUACGCCCUCUCCGCCGGCGGUCCCAUCAUGUACCCUGAAACCAUGGCGAUGCUCAUUCAGCCCGUAGCAGCCCACACCGGACUCCGCAGUGGCUGA